AUGAUCGUGAUCUGCCAUCUUGGCUUCGACGGUCGACCAUCGAAGCGCGCGCGCUGCUAUUUGCGUGAAGCUUGUUCCGCGCUAUUCUUAGCGGCCAGUGGCCACUCGGGAUGCGAUCUCUUCCAUGAACGACGACGACGACGAGCGCGCGCCUCUGCUCCCUCCUCCCCCUCCUCUCUCGCAUCCGCUGUGGCUCGUCGCCCCGCUGGCUGUGCUGUGCCGCGUGGCGGUGUGCUCAAGGGCCUUGUGUGUGGGUGGCACUACGACUCGGACGCGAUCGACACGCCUGGGCCCGAGUCGUGCGCGGUGCCCGAGGUGGAGGCGCGCUUCGCACGGUUCUUGUCGCUGGUCGCGGUGCUCGACGGGCUCGGCGGCCUCGCGGGGACGGCCCUGCUGACGCUGCUCGCCGCCUCCCGGGGCCGCCGGCCCGCGCUCGCCUUCGUCGUCCUCUCCGGCCUGCUCACCGACGCCCUCGCGCUGGUCACGCUCCGCACGCGCACCCUCCCGGCGACGCUCGCGUGGCUGUGCGUCGCGACGCUGUCGCAGCCGACGCACGCCGCCUUCGCCGCGACGCUCGUGCUCGUCGACGUCGUUGACGCUGAGACGCGCACCGCGGCGCUGAGCGCCCUGGCCGGCUGGGGCGCGCUCGCAGGCGUCCUCGCGUUCCCCGCGGGCGGCGCGCUCACGACGCACGUGGCCGCCGGCCGGCCCGGCGCGGUGUACGUCGUCGCGGCGGGGCUGUGGGUUAGUGCGGCGGCGUACGUGUGGGCGCGCGUGCCGGAGACGCGCCGCGGGCCGGGCGGGGAGCAGGAACAGCGCCGGGGGGUGAUGGAGCGCGUGCGCGCGAUGGGCGGGCUGCUCGGGCGGCGGAGCCGGGUGGGGUGGCUCGCGGCGCACGCGCUGCUCGCGGGGACGGGCCUGGGCUACGCGCUGCCCGCGGCGCUGACGCUGCUGACGGCGCGCGACGGGUACGCGCCGGCGGACACGGGCCGAGUGCUCGGCGUGCUCGGCGGCGUGCAGGCGCUGGUGCUCGCGGUGGGCGUGCCGUGGCUGAGCGGGCGGCUGGGCGGGAGCGAGGUGGCGCUGGCGCUGGGGUCGUAUGCGGUGGAGUGUGCGGCGUGGCUCGGGUUUGCGGCGGCAAGGGGGCGGGCGGGGCAGAUGGGCGCGAUUGUGGUGGCGGGCCUCGGCGCGGGACACGGGCCGACUGUCCGGAGCAUCGUCGCCGCGAGCGUAGCGCCCGCGCAACAAGGCGAGGCGCUCGGCGUGUUCGAGAGCGCGUGGAGCCUCGGGCUGCUCCUCGCGCCGCUCGUCAUGGGCACCAUUCUUGCGCGGACGAUCGGGACGCGCCCCGGGACGGUCUUCUACGUGCAGGCGGCCGUUGUGGCGGUCGCCGGCGCCGUGCUCCUCGUCGGGACGCGCACUCGGCGCCGGGCGCAGGUGGAGCUGCAGGAGGACUCAGCCGACGAGUGA